UAUUGAUGCUUCCGUGUCGGCUGUGAGGACCCGGAUGUUACCGCUGUACUGCCGGAGCUCCAGAGCGAGGUUCUCUGUCUCCUCCCUGCCCAAGUGCAUGAUGGGAUCUGAAGUCCUGUUGGUACUGGUGUCUCUGGUGAUGUCGUCAGUGUGUUCUCCAGUGGACAUGACCAGUUCAGGUGGCACUGCGCUGUGUCCGCUGCAGUGUGUAUGUGAGACCAGGCCAUGGUACACUCCUCAGUCCGUCUUUCAUCAGGCCAACACUGUGGACUGCAACGAGCUGCACCUCCAGAGGGUCCCAGCAAAUGUCUCCACUGACACUCAGGUCCUUCUGCUUCAGAGCAACAACAUCUCGUCCAUUUCCUUUGAGCUGCGGAGUCUGACUAACCUGACAGAGCUGGACCUCUCUCAGAACCACAUCACUCAGGUCACUUCUCUGGACCUUUCCUCCCUGACCCGCUUGGUCACAUUGUAUCUGGAGGAGAACCGCAUUGAGGUUCUGCCAGACUUUGGUCUCAGGAACCUGUCAAGUUUAGAAGAACUUUACAUCAACCACAAUCAGAUUAGGACGAUCGAGACCUGGGCCUUCAGUGGACUCACCAGCCUGCUCCGACUGCACCUCAACUCCAAUCAGUUGGAGUCCAUUGACAGUUGCUGGUUUGAUUCCCUGCCUGCCCUUGAGAUCCUGAUGCUAGGGGAAAACCCGGUCUUAGUGCUGAAAGAGGGCUCUUUCCAGUCCUUGCCCCGACUCCACAGUCUGGUUCUGGCUUCCAUGGGUCUACAGUCUGUGUCCCCCAAAGCCUUCACUGGACUGGACUGUCUUGAGAGUCUUUCCUUCUACGACAACAAGCUCAGGUCAGUUCCUCGAGAUGCUUUGAAAGUUCUUCCAAACCUGAAAUUCUUGGACCUGAAUCGAAAUCCCAUUAGUAGAAUCCAGCAAGGAGACUUCCAGGACCUGCUGCACCUCCAGGAGAUUAGUUUAAACAACAUGGAGCAGCUGCAGAUGGUGGAGCCAAACUCCUUCCAGAACCUUCCAGAACUUAUCAAAGUGGAAUUGUGCAACAACAUCCACCUGUCUCACCUGCAUCCUCACACUUUUAGUGGUGUCCCGUGGCUUCGCUCGCUUAUGCUGCACAGCUCUUCUUUGUCCUUCCUCUCCCCCUUGCUGCUUUCCUCUCUCCCUUCUCUCAAAGAGCUCUCGGUCCACUCCAACCCUCUGCGUUGCGACUGCCUGCACACCUGGGCUGCUCACCUGGGAAACUCCUCCCACCUGACAUUGCUAGAACCCACCCUCACUGUAUGCCAUGCCCCCCUGCACCUGAUUGGCCGGCAGCUGCAGGAAGUGGUGAUGUCUUCAGGAAGUGGGGUCGAUAGCUGCCUGCCACAGAUCGCGUCCAAUGUCUUUCCUUCAGUGAUGAACGUCAGCGAGGGGCAGCCAAUCACCAUAGAGUGCUGGGCAGAUGCUGACCCCGCCCCUCAGUUCUAUUGGGUCACACCUACUGGAGACAAGGUGAGCUCCGAGACGGUGGCUGCACCAAUUGUAUCUCAAGAGGAGCCAGAGGGACAUAGCUUAAGCAGCACAAAGCAGAAAAAACACCGUUUGCUGGAACCUGGGGCUUUAUUCAUUGAUCAUGCUGAGGCCUCAGAUACAGGGACUUACACUUGUGUAGCCUGGAAUGCUGAGGGAGCGGACACAAAAAGUCUGUCUGUGUUUGUGGAGCUCCAGAGCCCAGGGAUGACCACAGGCUCCAAGCCCAGCCACAAGCAGUCAUGGCUGAUCAGCAAUUACAGCAGUUCUGCCUCUCUAAUAGUUCUUGCAAAGGUGGUGCACUCCCAGUCUGUGGUUCUGGAGUGGAAGCUGCACCCCACAAAACCCCAACAAGAUCAGAACAAGGAACAAGACCCAUCUGGGACCCUGCCUCUAUUCACUACAGCCACGGUCCACAUCCACAACCCACACAUCAGCUAUACUGCCAAGGUUCCAGCAGAUGUUCAGGAGUACAACCUCACUCACCUCCUCCCUUCCACACUGUACCAUAUCUGCCUUACCAUUUACUCAGCCCCACCUCACUCACCAAGCCCCACCCCAUCUCACACUUCCUGCCUGAAUGUUACCACAAAAGACUCCGCCUUCUCCGUGGAGCUGGUAGCAUCUCGUCACGGUGGAGUUGCAGUGGCAGCGAUUUUGGGUUCCAUGUUUGCUCUGUGUAUUAUGGUGCUGCUGCUGUUUUACAUGGGCCGUCGCAGAGUGGUUAACCUCCCGCAAAGCCAUGCCCACUCGCUAAAGAAAUACAUGCAGCACACCACGUCCAUUCCUCUGAAUGAGCUGUACCCACCUCUCAUCAUGUUAUGGGAGAGCGAGGCGGAGAAGGACAAAGACGAGAAAGAGGAGGAGCACAGACAGGAGGGGCACAUCGACACGUCAAAGACUACAUACAUGUGGUAGCAACGGGACAGAAACAAGAGCUGGACUCUAAAUGAGCUAAGGACCUGAGCACACACGCGCACUGACCAAAAGAGUGUGCACCUUUUUUAUUCACUAUUCUGACCCUGCUCUUUCACACAGGAAACCUCACUGUCUAUCUCCAACAAUGAGAGGUCUUGUUUAGGCCUGGUUUAACCUGGCCUAAAUUUCUACUGUUUCUAAAGUACCCCUGGUUUGGGUUCUGUUCCUCUUUAAUUCUAUUUCAAACCCAAUUUAGUCAGUGUUUACCAUUUAGUCAUAGUUUUUCCACCUAGCCUGGAAAAAACAGACUUAUUGUUGCAUCAGCCUGGAGUCUGGUAAAAUAUUUAUGGAACAAACAGGCCCAAAGUAAUCUGACUAAAAACACACAUCGCUUUAGUAAGGAGACUCUAUAACACAUAGGAUAAGUAAUCCCAGAAGAGAAAAACAAUCACACAUUGUUGUCCCAUGUUUGUUUUAAAUAGAGAUCAGUUAGUGAGCUUGCUUGCUUCAGCAUGAUUUUUCGGAUUGGUCAGCACAGAUGAACAAACAAACAACUGAGAGUCAGACAAUAGCCACUGUAGAAUAUACAGAGAAUUUACAUCUUGCUACCCAGGCUUGCUUGGCCCCGGUUUCAUCCCUUGUUUAGAUCUUGUUUUGGUGUUGGUUUGGGCCUAGAUUUAUUUGUAAAUAUGUCACACACUGGAGUCACUCAGAAAGCCGCCCCCUUGUGGCCAUCUGUGAAACUCUUCCGUGUUAAGAGAAGCACACUCACUGUAUUUAGAUGGUCUGUGCAGGAUCUGAAUUAUUGUUAAGGGGUAUGAUUCAAGUUUUAAUUUAGAUUUUGUCCUAAAAGAGAUUUGGCUAGUAUCAUGUUUCAUGUAUCCUGAUUUAGUUCUUUUUUAAGACCUUGUUUGGUCCUAUUUCUACCUUCUUAACAUUCCACACAAAUAGCAUUUUAGAGUAAAAAUGUUCACAAGAAUCGACUUCAGUAGUUACCAUAUCAAAAGAAAAUGACAUUGACAGAAUUUACUUUUCUUUUGAUAUGGCUCUUACCGAGACGACUGAGGGAUCACACAGAUAUCUUGAGUAGUUACG